AUGAAACGGCAGAUUGAUGUCUGGGGGAACUGGGGUGAAUGGGGUAGGUGCAGUCGGAGCUGUGGCGGAGGAGUCAGCUUUCGGCAACGGCGCUGCUAUUCCCAAAGGACAGAAGGUGCUUCCAGUUGUGUUGGACCAACUCGAAGCUAUCGGUCAUGCAACAUUCAGAGCUGCCCAGAAGGCUCCCGGGAUUUCCGGGCAGAGCAAUGUGCAGAGUUUGAUGGGACAGAAUUCCAAGGAAAGAAAUACAAGUGGCUUCCGUAUUAUGGAGCACCUAAAAAGUGUGAGUUAAACUGCAUUCCCAAGGGAGAAAACUUCUACUACAGGCACAAGGAAGCAGUGGUAGAUGGGACUACCUGUGAACCUGGCAAGCGGGACAUCUGUGUAGAGGGAGUUUGUCAGGCUGUUGGCUGUGAUAACAUGCUGGAAUCUGCCAAGAAGGAGGACAAAUGCCUGCAGUGUGGAGGAGAUGGCAGCACCUGCUAUGGUGUGAAGGGCACUUUUGAUGUUCCCAACCUCCCCAAAGGUUACAACCAAAUCUUCAUCAUCCCCGUGGGAGCAACAAGCAUCCAAAUUAAGGAGGUUAUGCCCAGCAGGAACUUCCUGGCUGUCAAGAAUGUGCGAGGGGAGUAUUAUCUGAAUGGGCAUUGGACAAUUGACUUCAGCCGAGCGCUGCAGGUAGCUAGCACGGUUAUGCACUAUGACCGUGGCUCGGAAGGUGAUCUGGCUCCAGAGCUCCUCCAUGCCCGGGGUCCCACCACAGAACCUCUUGUCAUUGAGCUCAUCAGCCAGGAGCCAAACCCAGGGAUACAGUAUGAGUACUACCUGCCUGUGCAAGGACAGGCCUCGGGCUACAGCUGGAGCUAUGGUUCCUGGAGCGAGUGCAGCUCCGAAUGUGGAGGAGGUUUCCAAUCCCGUUUGGUGUUUUGUACCAUAGACAAUGAAAUUUAUCCGGACUAUAUGUGCAGGAAUAAACCACAACCAGACAAUAACCGGACAUGUGGCCGUCAGACUUGUCCCCAGACAAAACGGUGGAAAACGGGGGAGUGGGGACCCUGCUCAGCUACCUGUGGUGGGGGCACCCAGACUCGCUCUGUUUACUGCGUGGCAUUCGAUGGUCAGAGCUCGCAAGGGGUGGUGGAUAAUGCUGAGUGCAUGGCCUUCGCCCAGCAGCCUCGCAGCACUCAGCCCUGCAAUGUGAGACAGUGCGCAACCUGGAGCACAGGUCCCUGGUCAGAGUGCUCAGCCAGCUGUGGGGAAGGGGUCCAGACCCGGACCGUCACCUGCAGAACACAGCAGGGCUCUCGGGCUCAGGACUUUGCUUGCCUAACGGAGCCAAAGCCAUUGGCAACCCAGCCCUGCCUCAAGGAGAACUGCAUCCAGGAAAUUGGCUGGCACGUUGGAGACUGGGGCCUGUGUUCGAAGAGCUGCAAUUCAGGUAUCCGGACACGCCAAGUCAUCUGCGCUGACGGCGACUCCAAAUUCUACAGUCCUGAGAUGUGCAAAGCCAUCCAGCCGCAGAAACCAGCCACCCUGGGCAGCUGCAACAUGCAGCCCUGCUACCUGCCGCAGCAGGUCCCCAGUAUGCAGGACACUAUGGGAUAUGAUGUCACUCGCCAGUCCUUGCUGACACGUUACAACCCAAACAGCCCUGCCACAGAUUCUGGUGAUGAAAGGGUGCUCCCUGGGAGCUCCACGAUCCACAGUAACUCCGGGAAUCGCCACACCCCAUCCACCAAGGACCAUGGCAUCAACCUGUUGCCUGUUCGCUGGGAAUCCCAGUCACGCUCAUCGGGUUCCCAUCAGCUCAGCACCUGUCACCAAAACAGGUACGGAUGCUGUCCUGAUGGAGUAUCAGUUGCCCAGGGUCCAAACAACAUGGGAUGCCCACAACACUACCGUGAUGUUCAAGCAAGUGGAAAUCAGCCCACUGCAGCCACUCCAACAGCAAGCCAAGCCUUGUCCCAGCAGCAUCCCUCAGGCGAGUGCCGCAGUUCCAUGUACGGCUGCUGUUUUGACAAUGUCGCUUCAGCUUCAGGUCCUCAAGGAGAAGGAUGUCUCAAUAGGCCCAACUACCCGUACCCUGUCAGAUGCCUGCUGCCCAGUGCCCACGGCCCCUGCGCAAACUGGACCACUCGCUGGUACUUUGUGACUGUCGUUGGCAAGUGCAACCGGUUUUGGUAUGGCGGCUGUCACGGCAAUAAAAACAGCUUUUCCUCAGAGGAAGAGUGCAUGAGAGUGUGCCACAACUCUGUGGGGGUGAGUCCUCUGGAGCACCAGCCCUCUUCUGGCACAGGAGCCCUGCAACGCCAGCACACUGGCUCCCGUGCUCGUACAGAGGAUCCUCGGGGUCAGCAGCAGCCACCUCCAAGAGAGUCUGCAAGUUAUAGCCAAGGAGGAAGAGCCUACGGGGCUUCACACUCCACGCAAGACAGCCACAGACAGGACAGCUGGAGAAGUGAGGUGCUGCCAGAGUCUUUUCCAAGGACUGGUGUGGUGGAGAGCCAGCGCUGGGGCACCCAGCAAGGCAGAUCAGACAGCCUGAGCCAGCUGCACUUGCGGGAAACAGCAGUGCCGGGGCCUUCGGAGAGGCAGAGCAGCAGUAGUCAGCAGGUGCUGGCUCGUGAAGGCAAACAGUGGCAUAAGGCAUUUGGAGGAGAUGAUUCCACAAUGGAGGGAUUUGGGCAUCAGGCGUCUGCAGACUUGUUCCCAGUGCGGGCUCUGCACAGAGCCAUCCUGGAGGAAGCCAAGCCCUCUCUUGUGACAGCAGCUGUGGGACAAAACAUCCAGCUGGUCUGCAAGACAGGGAUGUCCCCUUUCUCCAGAGUGGAGUGGAUGAAGGAUGGCCAACCGGUCUCCUCUGACAGGCACACCUACCAGUCCGACACCUCCUUAGUCAUCAGCCACGUCAAGCUGGAGGACGCCGGGACUUACACGUGCCUCAUUUCUGACGGGAGGACAGAGAGCCGACAGAUUCAGUUACAGAUCAUAGAGUACCAGAGUGCUGUUCUGGCAGAGGGUGAGAGAGGUCGAGUCCUUCACAAGGAAAAUCAGCAGCAUCGAGAGCUAUCCAGAGGCAGGAAGGUUGUACAGGCAACCGGUUCCUCUGUGCAUCAGCAAUCCACAUACAGAUUGAGAAUGGAUAAGAGCGAGCCCUCAGUAGUGGAGGCCAACAUCGGGGAGAGAGUCAGACUGCCCUGCACUGUGGAAGCGUCGCCGGCUCUCACCAUCGAGUGGCAGAAAGAUGGGCAGCCCCUCUCCUCUCCCAGACACAGGCAGCAGUCAGACGGGGCCCUGGUGAUCAGCCGGGUCAGCUCUGAAGACAUCGGCUUCUUUACCUGCAUUGCUUCGAAUGGACGUGACCAGGACCAGCGCCAGGUCCUCUUCCGACCUCGAGGAGAGCUGAGGAUCACUGGUCUUCUGCCAAGCAUCAUGGUACCUGAGGGAGGGACUGCUCAGCUUCACUGUACAGCGACUGGCAACAACGUGAAUAUAAGGUGGUCAAGGAACGGAGUCCCCAUGCGGGCAGAUGGCCACCACAUCCACCUGUCCCAGGACGGAAGCCUGACCAUAGCCAACGUUCAAGAUGCUGAUGAGGGAUCCUACACAUGCAGCGCCUACAGCAGCAGCAGCUCCGUCAGUGCCAGCACGGAGGUGAAGGUGCUGAGGAACAAGCCUAGCACUACAGUGAAUCACGUUGUGGACCUGAGCAGAGAGUGUGUGGACCAGCCCCACCUCGCCAACUGUGAGCUGAUCCUACAGGCCCAGCUCUGCAGUAACCAGUACUACUCCAGCUUCUGCUGCGCUAGCUGUGCUCGCUAUCAGCCCCAGGCCAGCCCUUCUCAUUACCACGGGUGA